GGCCCUUUUAUAAAGCAUUUGAAGGAGAUAUAAGAAGUAUUCUGUGCUUACUUAACUGCAGAAGUUGGUCUUAGUAACUGUUUUACUGUGGCACGUUCUUAGUAGCCUUGCAAGACAUUCAUAUAUUUUCUUUAAAAUCAUUAGAGUGCUUUUAUGGGAUCCAGCUAAUAAUGACUAUCACAAAUUUGCUAGCUUGUACUGAUGCUUCCGCUGGGCGUUCUGAUGAUUGUGUAGAUAUGCUUGCCUUUGGAAAUUGUAGGAGUUUAUAGAAAAUGUAUCUUGCCCAGUAAUGAGUGUUUUGAUAUCCUUCAUGCGGAGGUCGCUGAGUUUGUGCUGACUGCUCUUUUAGACUGUAUUGACUUGAAUUGAAGACUCAAAACAUGCUCAUCAAUCCUGGGAGGUAUUUUUGAGGUAAAAGAUGAAAGCAGGUGCUGUAGAACCAUAGGACAGGAGUCUACAAAAGAGGACGAGUUUGGGGAAAAUGGCCUGUGAAUUCAAUCUAAACUUCCUUAAGCAACAGGAACAAGAAGCUGUUCUAGAAGUCCUGUACCGUGACCAGAUGGUGAGAGAAACAGAGGAGAAAAGAAUAAGGAAACUGAAACUACAGUUGCAGCAGCUUCGGUGGAAAGGGGCAAGAAAUGCCAGCCAUGAAUACCAGGAGAGAUCUUGUGCUCGAUGUCAGAAAUUGCUUGGGUUGCUGAUGAACAGGGGUGCAGUAUGCAAUGGGUGCAGUCAUCGAGUGUGCUCUGAAUGCCGUGUCUGCCUGAAUCCCUGCCUUUGGAAAUGCACUGUUUGUUAUGCUCAUGGAGAUGUGAAAGUAAAGGCUGGCGAAUGGUUUUUUGAGGAACGAGCAAAGAAAUAUCCAAGUGAAGGCAGACACGAAACAGUUGGUGCGAAGCUCUUGAAAUCUUAUCAGAAACUGAGUAAAAUUUCUGUCAUACCUCCAACUCCACCUCCUUUCACAGAAUCCACAGCAGGAAGUAACGUGAUGGUAAAUGAACUCGGUCAGUCUAAAAGUUUUAACAAAUCUGUGGAAAACUUGUUUCUGUCUCUCACAACACAUAUAAAAAAAAUCUCGAAGUCCCAGAAUGAUAUGGCUGACAGAUGUCUCCUAACCACAGAUCAUGGGCAGAAUUUGGAAAGAAGGAAGCAAAGAAGGAGCCAGUCUGACACAGCCAUCAACAUUACAAGCAGGAUUAAAAGUACACCCAGUCUUCAGCAGCUCAUUACUGGGGCCCAAAAUGACAUUGAGAUUCUGACCAAAAGGAAUUGCAAGGAGGAAGAAGGCAUAAUAACGAGUCCUACAAGUGAUGCAGUUUUCUGUGAUGGCAAAACACAUGGGAGUUUGUAUAGUCUUAACAGCACUUGCACUGAGUCUGGAAAUUUUGGCAAAGCUAAUGUCAUGGGAGAAAUAGAGUUUGCCAUGAGAUAUAUCUUCAAAGCUUGCAUCUUAGAAAUUUGUAUCAAGAGAUGCAAGAACCUGGCUUAUGGAGAAGAGAAGAAGAAGAAGUGUAACCCGUAUGUUAAAGUUUAUUUACUUCCUGAUAAAUCUCCUCAGAGUAAGCGGAAGACAACUGUCAAAAAGAGAACAGUGGAUCCGGAAUUUGAUGAGACUUUGAAGUACAAGAUUGAAUACUCCCAGCUGGGAAGUCGGCAGCUUCAGAUCUCUGUGUGGCAUGCAGGAGCACUCAAAUACAAGGUGUUUUUGGGGGAAGUGGUGAUUCCACUGGCAGCAUGGGAUUUUCAAGAGGACUCAAUGCAGUUGUUCAGCUGGUACCAGCUCAAGCCGAAGCUUGAAAAGCCUGGACAUGAUCUUACCGAGUACAGUGGUGAACUCCUUGUGUCUGCAAGACUGUCAGCACCAGCUCAGUAUAAGAAUUUCCAGUUUGAAGGAAGAAAAGACGAAGGUGUUCCCAGCUGCCAGCUUCAGGUUGUGAUAACUGGGGCCAAGAACUUGCCUGUGCUGAGAACUUCUGGAAUGCCAAACCCAUUUGUUAUAGGUUGUCUUAUCCUUCCAGACCAACCAGAGGUAAAGCAGAAGUCUCCUGUCCGGAGGAAAGAAGCCUGUCCCCAGUGGAAUCACUUCUUUGUCUUUGAUGGUGUGACCCCAGCUCAGCUGCAGCAGUCAUGUCUACACUUGACUGUCUGGGACAAGUCAACUUCCAGCUCAAGCGAUCAGUUCCUAGGAGGAGCUACACUUGGUGCAAUGGAAUGGUUUGGCUCUACAGCCCUUUCUCAGUCAGUGCUUCAAUGGCAGGAAGUACUCUGCAGACCAAACACAUGGAUGGACUUCACACUUGUACUGCAUUCAAACAAGGAAAACUUUAAAUCAUAAGAGAACUGCACAACAGCUUUCCCCAUGUGUGAAGCUUUCAAUUCAACUGGCAUGUGCCUUUCAGGUCUGGUGAAAGGUACACUGCAAGCGUACCUAGUCCUGCAUUUGUGAAACAGAGUUAUACAUUUGAAAGUGUGUGAGGUUUUAUUGCUCCAAAGGUUAAGGCUUUGUUAUCUGUGCAUCUAUCUGAAGUAUAAGGUUUCUUUGAGAGCGACAAACUCAGAAAUGCAGUGUGGUGACAAGGCAACAGUAGCCAGAUGAGAUGCAGCUUUCUAGUUCUGGGCAUAGAACUGUCAUUCUUUAAUCACAGAUAGGAAUACAUCUUAAAUAA